UCAUCUUUCUCCACCAAAUUACUAAACCAAAUUCCAAUACAAUCUAUUCUAUUCUCUACACCUCCUUCACUUUCAAUUCCAUCACCAAAAUGGUGUUGUCCAAAACUUUCUCUGAAUCCGAUGUUUCCAUACAUUCCACAUUUGCCUCUCGCUACGUUCGAGACUCUGCUCCAAGGUUCACCAUGCCCGACAACUCCAUGCCCAAGGAGGCCGCCUUCCAAAUCAUCAACGACGAACUCAUGCUCGACGGCAACCCAAGGCUCAAUUUAGCCUCCUUCGUCACUACCUGGAUGGAGCCCGAAUGCGAUAAGCUCAUCAUGGACUCUGUCAACAAGAACUACGUCGACAUGGACGAAUACCCUGUCACCACCGAGCUUCAGAACCGCUGCGUCAACAUGAUUGCCCAUCUCUUCAACGCUCCCUUGGGAGACUCCGACACCGCCGUCGGCGUUGGAACGGUGGGGUCGUCGGAGGCCAUCAUGCUGGCAGGGCUUGCCUUCAAGAGGAAGUGGCAGAACAAGAGGAAGGCGGAGGGGAAGCCUUAUGACAAACCCAAUAUUGUGACGGGUGCGAAUGUGCAAGUUUGCUGGGAGAAAUUUGCGAGAUACUUUGAAGUGGAGCUGAAGGAAGUUAAAGUGAGAGAAGGGUAUUACGUGAUGGACCCUGUCCAGGCAGUCGAGAUGGUGGAUGAGAACACCAUUUGUGUUGCUGCAAUUUUGGGGUCAACUUAUAAUGGAGAAUUCGAAGAUGUGAAGCUGCUGAAUGAUUUGUUGGUGGAGAAGAACAAGGAAAGUGGAUGGGAUACGCCAAUUCAUGUGGAUGCAGCCAGUGGUGGGUUCAUAGCACCGUUUUUGUAUCCAGAGCUCGAAUGGGAUUUCAGGCUUCCUUUGGUGAAGAGCAUCAAUGUGAGUGGGCAUAAGUAUGGGCUUGUUUACGCUGGGAUUGGUUGGGUGAUCUGGAGAACCAAAGAAGAUUUGCCCGAAGAACUCAUUUUCCACAUCAAUUACCUUGGAGCAGAUCAACCCACCUUCACUCUCAACUUCUCCAAAGGGUCAAGCCAAAUCAUUGCUCAAUAUUAUCAACUAAUCCGGUUGGGUUUCGAGGGUUACCGGAAUGUGAUGCAAAAUUGUCACGACAAUGCAAUGGUGCUGAAGGAAGGGCUUGAAAACACAGGGAGGUUCACGAUAGUGUCAAAGGACAUGGGAGUGCCGGUGGUGGCGUUUUCCCUCAAAGACCGAAGCCGGCACGACGAGUUUGAGGUUUCAGAGAUGUUGCGGAGGUUCGGGUGGAUUGUUCCGGCGUAUCCAAUGCCAGAGGGGGCGAAGCACGUGUCAGUUCUUCGAGUGGUGAUUAGAGAAGAUUUCUCUCGGACGCUUGCAGAGCGGCUUGUGCUUGAUAUCGUAAAGGUAUUGGCAGAGUUAGAUACUCUUCCGCCCAAAAAUGGUGGAAAUGAAACAGGUUUGAAGAAGACGGUAGAGGAAACAGAGAGGGAAAUAGCGACAUAUUGGAGGAAUAUAACAAAGGCUAGGACAAUCAAGCUUGCUGCUAAUCAGACUGGUCCUUCGGUUACAGUGGUUGCCAAAUAAGAAGAUCAUACCAUGGGACGUUUGAUGGUAUUAAAUCAAUACUAGUUUUAAGUUUUAAGUUUGAAGCACUAAGUAUAAGAAAAUAAAUUUCUUUUAUUAUUAUUGUUAUUAUUUUACUUUUUAAAAAGUUUUGAUUGAAUUUGAAGUUGUAUUGUAUUGUAGCUAAUGUGUCACUAUACCUGCCUUGACUUGACUACAUUUGUGUAAUGAGUUUUAAAAUUGAAAAAUAAAAUAACACUUCAUUCGUUCA